GCCUUACUCGGCCUGAAGCCUCUACUCGGCCUGAAGCCUCUACUCAGCAUGACACGGUGCCCGCUGGCAAGCCAAAUGACCUGAUGCCUGGUGACCCAGUGCCCGCUGUCAUACCUGGUGACCCGAUGCCCGCUGUCGAGCCAGACAAUCCGAUACCUGAUGACCCGGUGCCCACUGUCGUGCCUGUUGACUCGGAGCCCACUGUCUUGCCAGUCGACUCGGUGCCCGCAGUCUUGCCAGACGACUCGGUGCCCGCAGUCUUGCCAGACGACUCGGUGCCCGCAGUCUUGCCAAACGACUCGGUGCCCGCAGUCUUGCCAGACGACUCGGUGCCCGCAGUCUUGCCAGACGACUCGGUGCCCGCAGUCUUGCCA